UUAACACAAGCAAGUGAAUCGCUGUCAAAAUUUGAUCUCAUUUUUGCACCACGUCAGAACUGAUGGAACGGUUCAGGUAGUAUCAAAGCUUUGUUCCCUCUGUUCCACACUAGUUUUUGAACGGUAGCUUGUUUCGUCGACGUCCAAAGAGUAAUCUGUUCCAAGAUGUCUCACCGCAACCGACCUCAUAAGAAUAACACUCAAUCAGCCAAUCCGUGGCAUAAGAAUAGCACCGGCGUCGAUGGUCCCAAUCAGAAACAAUCGCGUGGUGGUGGCACCUCCAACACUGGAAAGAAACUGUCCCAACAAUCGAACUCAUGUGGGGACAAUUUCCUGAAGCAGUCAGAGGAAAAGUUCCAUCAGGCCCAUCGGAAGCAUGUCGAGUCGGCUAAAAAGUACACCCAGCAGUAUGAGUCCAGCGAGGAUGAAGACGAGGGUGGUUCUGCAUCACAGGAUAUACUGGGCAGUGUGCUGAAAAAUUACGUCGGUGCUGGGAUGGACAUAGGAAAAACGCAGGAGUAUCUGCAAAACUUACUGGAGUCACGGUCGGCUGUAUGUUUGAUCUGUAUCGGAACGGUGAAACGGGCGGAUCCGAUAUGGUCCUGCCAGAGUUGUUUUACCUUCUUCCAUUUGCUGUGCAUCCAACGGUGGGGUAACGAUAGUAUCUCACUAAAGCGCAUCAGUCACGAACAGCAAGAAGGAUAUUACAACAACCAGGGAGAAUACAUUCCGAAACCGGCGCUGUCGGUGCACUGGGAUUGUCCCAAGUGCCGCAAGGAAUACGAACCGGUCGACAUACCUCGGCAUUACGAUUGUUUCUGUGGCAAGGAGCAAAAUCCGCAGAACCAUCUCUGGUUGAUUCCGCACUCCUGUGGGGAGACUUGCUCGAAACGGUUGGUACCGAACUGUGGCCACAGUUGUGUCCUACUGUGCCAUCCGGGUCCGUGCCCACCAUGUCCGCAAACGAUAUCCGUUGCGUGCAAGUGUGGCCAAUCGGCCAAGAAGACCAUCAGGUGUUCGCAGCGAACCUGGACCUGUUUGAAAACGUGUAAACAAAAACGAAACUGUGGGAUUCACGAGUGUGGCGAGAUUUGUCAUUCUAGCGAUGACUGUCCGCCUUGCAAAAGUCGGAGCAAGCAGAAGUGUCUGUGCGGAGCUAAAACCAAGGAAGUCAAUUGUUCCGAAUCUCGGUGGCAAUGCGGCAAGGUAUGCGGUAAAAUGUACGCGUGUGGGUUGCAUCACUGUGAGCAGGGCUGUCACGAAGGGGAUUGUGGCGAGUGUCCGAUGGGUCUGCCGAGGACAUGCCCUUGUGGCAAAACCAGCUCGGUGGCGGCUUGUUCGGAGGAAAUCGGAACCUGUGGCGACACGUGCCAGAAGUUCCUGGAUUGUGGCGAACACCGAUGCAGUGAGCGAUGCCAUCCGGGAAAGUGUGGCCAAUGCAUGGAACUGGUGAAGAGACCUUGCCGAUGUGGAAACAUGACCAAGGAAGUGACCUGCCACAAGCAACUGAACUGUGAAACCAAGUGUAAGAAUAUUAGAAGCUGCAACAAACAUCCCUGUAAUAGGAAAUGCUGCGAUGGUCAAUGUCCGCCUUGUGACAAACUAUGCGGAAAAACGCUACCAUGUGGGAAGCAUAAGUGCUCCUCCAUGUGCCACCAAGGUCCAUGCUAUCCGUGCAAUCAGAAAGCUACAGUCAAAUGCAGAUGUGCCGGAACUACGCUGGAGGUUCCAUGUGGUCGCGAGAAAAAGGUCGGCACCGUCAAGUGCCGUCUACCGUGCCGCAUUGCGUCAAAGUGUCACCAUACCAAUCCGCAUCACUGCCAUCAAGGAGAUUGUCCACCCUGUCAGCAAGUAUGUGGGUUGAAAAACGACACCACCAACUGUGAGCAUCCUUGCGAGGUCAAAUGCCAUGAUGCUGUGAAAGUUGUAACCAAGGAUAAGAAUUUCAAACCCGUUGGUCCGUGGGAUGCUCCUACGGAGAUAGUUGAAAUCAAACGGCUGCCGCAUCCUCCGUGUGAAAUUAAGGUACCCGUAACCUGCAUUGGAGGCCAUGAAACGUCCCUUUGGCCGUGCUACAAUUCUAAGCCUACAUCUUGUGGCAGAGAGUGCGGUCGAGCCUUGAAGUGUGGAGUUCAUACGUGUCCCAAGCAGUGUCAUGUGGUGAAAAACCUCAACUCGACCGAGGAGGAACCCAAGUGUCAGUCCUGUACGGCUGGAUGUGCCAUUCCAAGACCAAAUGGAUGCAGCCAUCCGUGUAAGAGACCAUGCCAUCCUCCUCCGUGCUAUCCGUGUCAGGCUCCCACAAAAACCACCUGCCAUUGCGGUUUGACGCAGAUUUUCUACAAAUGUCAUGAAUUCUACAGCAACGACAAGUCCGAAGAUGAACUGAAACUCUUCAGAGAGCAAGUACUGAGCUGCGGACAGAAAUGUAUUAAAAAUUUCCCCUGCGGCCACCGUUGCAACUCCACGUGUCACUCCGGUGACUGUCCAAAUCCGGAGUCGUGUAGCAAAAAGGUGAAAAUAACCUGCGAAUGCCGCUCCCGCAGAAUGGAGGUCAACUGUGCAGCGCGUACGAAAUCCAAGGCACUGGAGUGUGACGAAAAUUGUGAGAAGGUCAAACAGAAUCGAACCCGCGAGCGUAGCGACAGGGAAAGGCUCCAACGCGAACAGGAGGAAGCGGAAAAUCAACGUGCUCUGGAAGAGUACGAGAAGAAGUUCGGCCCCAAGAAGUACCGAGAACGGAAACGAACCCAGGUGGAGGAAACCAAAGAGGCGAACUAUUUGCUUUAUGGCCUGGUGUCGGGGGGAAUUCUCUUGGUGGCUGUUAUGGUUUAUUUCGUGCUAGUUAAUUAGGUAGAGGUAAAUUGAAGCUUAUAGAAAGUAGGUACCGUAAUCUGGGGGGUAGUUGAUCAGCGGGGUGAAGUUGAUCACAAUGGGGUCCACGUCCUUCAACAGCUGAGGACGCCACAAUUCUGUUUCAAUGGAAGAACUUUUGAUGUAAAUCGAUCGUGUGAAUAUAUUUGAAGAAUUUUUGAAAUUUUUAUGGCAAUUGUGACAGAUUUUACAUAAAAAUAUCGACUUUUUUGGAUGCGUAUUGAAACUCGGUGAAAAGACUGCCUUUAAAAAAAUCGCCUCCCAGCAAUGCCUUGUAUAUCAGAUGACUCACAAAACACUUUAAUUUAUUCAAGGUAGGCUUAUUGAACAUAGCUUUGGGUUAAAUUUGAUGUUAACAUAUAAGUUUUAUUCAUAAAAAGCAUAUUUUUGCGAAAGUAACACGUUUUUUAGGGCAAUUGCGUACCUUUAGGCGUUUAAUGUGGGUGAUUCUGUAACUUACUAAACUUUAUUUUAUUUUUAACAUACAAAUUACAUCAGCUGUGAGAAUUUUAAAAACUUUUUCAGAUUCAGCAUCAUCAAAUUUAAUUUGUUCAAUAAUUUUCCAUUCUUAGAAUGUUAUGUCGGUUGGUCAACUUUACCCCGGAUUGAAAGUUUUCAAAUUUGGCCAUUUGAGCAAUUUUUAUAAAAUUUAGCAAUUUCUUGUAAGAAUUUCGUUUACGGAAUUUGAAGCAGAUCCACUCAGUACAUGUUUGUAAAAAUAUUUGUUUGGAGUCAUGGGUAUUGUACUUGAUUUUAUUCAAAAGAAUAGAGGAAAAGUGAUCAACUUCCCCCCAGAUUACGGUAUAGGCG